AUGGAUAACCAGGAUUCAUUCUCUUCUGGGCUUCUUGCCUUAAACCUCUCUCACGGCUCUAUUAUUUUCCUCUACUAUCACGACGAACGCACCGUCCGCGGCGAUCCUGCCGUGUCUCCCGCCAGAUCAUUCGGCCGUAAAAUGACCAUCGACGACUUCAUUGCUAAACAAACCCGGAUCAGCCGCCAGGAAUCCCCUCACUGCAGCUCUGUUUCCUUUGACCGCGAUUCCCUAUACGCUUUCCAACGACACGUGAACGAAACUAUGGCGUUUGCUAUCAAACGCGACGGGUUCAUGUACGGCACCGUCUUAGAAGAAGGUAGAGUGGAAGUUGAUUUCAUUUACGAGCCACCUCAGCAAGGAUCGGAAGAUGAUUUGAUCUUUUUAAGGGAUCCCGUAGAAGAGAAUGCCAUUGCAGGGAUGAAGAGAGCUGCAGAGCUCCACGCGGAGAGUGGGCUGAAGGAACGGGUGACUGUUGUGGAGAAGCUGGAAGCCAAUGAAGAUGGGGCUGCGGAUGUACAUUUUGAGGCUUUUCAAAUUAGUGUUAUGUGUGUUAAGUUAUUUAAGGAAGGGUGGUUUGUGACAGAGUUAGGAGAGGAUGAUGAUCCAAAGCUUUCAAAGAUGAAGAAAGAUGGGGUCGUCGGAGUAAUUACGGGUAUCGUUUUGUUGUUGAAUUUACUUGUGAUAAUUAUAUAUACGAUUAAACUAUACGAUGAAUCGAGGCAAAAGCCAGAAGUGUUCAACGACGCGGAUGAGGAUGAUUGUAGGGUUUAUUUUAAGUGCAAGCGUCAGUACCAUAGACUUUGCAUGGAUCAAUGGUUGGCAAAGGAGACACAUUGCCCACUUUGUCACCCAAGGUUUAAGGCAGCAGAUAAUCGGCCUUUCUCAAUAAUUGUUUAUCAGUAA